UAAAUACGAAAAUAAAAUUUGCAAAGAUGGCUUGUUAAAUAGUAAGAUGGAAGAAGCGUAAUGAAAGGUUUUGUCAGAAAAGCAGGUUUUUGUUGCCUCCUUCGUCCGAGGUUGAAUUAAGGUCACGAGUAGAUGCUUCAAGAACAAGAGGCCAACAUGACGUACUCGUUUUCUUGCAAUUUACUUGAGAGUCGUAAAAGAAAACCGUUUUUCACAGGCACCGAAACACUUUAUCUGGUGGAGCAAUUCGAAAAACAUAAAGAUAUCCUCACGGCCAAGUUCUGUAGCACGGACACAAACCGCAGGAAAAACAACAUCUGGUCGGAAAUCACGGUUGGAUUACACUUGAGGAACCCAGGCGUUAAAAGAACCGUGCGUGAAGUGAAGAAAAAAUGGAAAAAUAUCGUAUCUAUGGCAAAAAAAGAAGCGGUGAAAUCGGCUGAACACACCAACGACUCGACACCGAACACGAGAAUUUCGGAAAUAAGCCAACGGGUUCUGGAUCUAUUCGCCUAUCUGCCGGCCCUUCAGAACCUGCAGGUUUUGGAGAACGGACAUGAGGAUAUCUCAGAAAUGCGGGGUUAUUACGGCGAAGGUGAGAGCAGCAGCGGUGGAGGUGUGGUUGGAAGUUACGGGGCCAAUAGCGACCUGUUCACUCUGAUUAGAAACGACACGAGGCCGACGUCUCCGUCGGACGGCAGCGAUCUAUCGACAGACGGAGUGGAUGAACAGCGACCGUCGUCGUACGGAGACGGCUCCCAUGCGGCCACCACGUCGAACGUCGUCGCUGCCGCUCUCACCAACUAUCGUCCCGAAAUCGAAAUGGUCGACCUCAUCAAAUGCGAAACCCGAUCCACAUCUCCGUCCGCCGUCAGUGAUAAUUCCAACGACUGCCCGCUCCUAGAUGAGAACAAACGGGAGAAACCCGACAACCAGCGAGUAGACGUGACAUUAAACCUACCCACACUGGAUCGACAAUCUAACCAUCUUGUAACCAGUCCCGGUACAACUUCUGUACGUCAGAGCAACUCCGAACAUUCGGACAACCUGUCCGGUUUACCCGUACCCGUAUCUCUAUCGUCGAUACCCGCCGAGGAUAAACUAGAAAUCGUCAGCAUAAACAGUAUAGCCCAAUCGCUCAGUUCACCGAUUGUGGACGAUAUCAAUAUUAUUUCUACAGUAAGUGCUGGUCAGCAGGACGGUGGCUACGAGGUGUCCAAAAACGAGAUCUCCAAGACACUACCAGCCGCUCGGGUGGCGCCGGGGGACGACGGCACCAGUCCGGAGCGGAAAGUGGACCAAUUAUCGGACAUUUCUCACACAACCGCAGCCAGCAUGGCACUUACUGCCCUCUAUCAGUCUUCCAUGUUCACGAACAAUUCGUCUGGUAGUGGCCACCCGUUGGGGAGUAGCAGCAGUAGUAGUUUGCUUUCGAGCAAAUCUCACAGACAAUGUUUAGAAGAAUUAGCGGAGUCUCACGACGAGGCGCCGUCUUCUCAUAAGAAACUAAGAUCACUGUCCCCUGAUUAUAUCGAGUUACACCAUUCCGUAUUACUUCUUGAGAAGGAGAAAUUACGGAUUGAAAUCGAAAAGAUGAAGCAAGAAAUGGUAAACCAAGAGAAAAUAUCCAAAGUUUUGGAUAUCGCCAAAGACGUUUUUGUCUCCCUAAGGGAGAAACUUUAAGCAUCUCGGUGAUUGUUGUCCGUGUGUGUGUGUGUGUGUGCAUACCUGUACAGGUGUGUCUCUGCCCCGAUCUGUUUCCCCGCAACUUUCAGAAAAAUGAAUAUUUUCUAAUGAAAUUUUCCACAAAUAUCUUUUGGGUGAUAUACAUUAUAAUUAUAUCUGAAUUUAAUAUGAGAAAGACAAAAUUGGUGGAUGCACACAACACACACACACACAGAGUAUUCUUUUAUUAGUUUGAGCUGGAGAGUUGCGGCCAUGCUGGGACACCACCGUUAGCCUUGCUACACUUUCCCUAUUAACACCUCUUAUAUUUGGCAUUUGGUGAAUGAGGGAGUUAGGUGUUUCUGCCCUCGUCUGUGUUUCCUGUUACGAGGUGGGUUCACCCAGAACCCUUCACGGAAGGAGAUGACCAAGUUCUGUUUUGAAGACACCUACAAAGCUUAAUCUUUUGAAAAAAAUUAUAUAAUCCGUGUCAGUCUAUGUGGGCGCUCAUCAAUUUUUUAUCCCCAUUAAAUUCCAUUAUAACCCUAAUCUACACCACCUGAAGGGUAUUUGUAAAACAAUUUCAUUUAAAAAUGUCCAUUUUUCUGCAAGUUACGAGGAAA